CGUCUAUGAAAAGCCUAAUAAUGUAAGCUUAGGUCAACUGAUCUCUCCCGGAGCUCAUCCAUGACUGUCACCUCAUAAUCAAUGUAUAAGUUUGUGAAAAAAGUCUGUGAUAUGAUAUCCAUUUGAAGCGAUGACUGAAUUCAAUAUUUAUGAGAUAAUUGGCAAAAGUGUUUGCUUUCUAAUAGCAGUCUAUUAUUGUUAUAAACUAUUGAAAGGUAUUUACACCUCAUUUCUGGCCAAUACUUUGGGUUUGGGUGUCGUCUGGAAGCCGGACCACAACACUUGGGCUGUCAUUACUGGAGCCACCGAUGGCAUUGGUCUGGAGUACGCCAAUAGAUUGGCACAAAUGGGUUAUUGUCUUCUUAUAAUUAGCAGAAAUGAAGACAAACUACAAAAAGUUAAAUCACAACUAUUGAUGACUAACUUGAAAUGCAAACAAAUUAAGAUACUGGCCGUUGACUUCACCAAAGAUAAUAUUUAUCAACAAAUUAGCCGAGAGUUGGAUUCAUUGCAAGUGAUAGAUGUGUUGGUUAAUAAUGUCGGGAUGAGCUCUAAGACUGGCGAAUACUUUUCGAAAAUAGAGAAUAUUAAAGAAUUUAUUCAAUCGAUAAUCAAUUGUAAUGUCGUAUCGAUGACUAAAAUGAUUUCAAUGGUUUUGCCACAAAUGGUUGGUCGCGGCCGCGGAAUAAUCAUUAAUUUAUCGUCUCUUUCUGCUACAAAUCCAGUACCACUUUUGGCUAUAUAUUCGGCGUCUAAAGUCUAUUGUGAUUAUCUAUCGAGAAGUCUUCACUAUGAAUACAAAGACAAAGGUAUUAUAAUUCAAAGUGUUUUACCGGGAUUUGUGUCGACCAAUAUGUCAGCAAUGAGACCAUCUUUUUCAUGUCCGACGGCCGUUGCGUAUGUGAAUGAAGCCAUGAAGACAGUUGGCGUCGAGAGUCGCACGUAUGGACACUACGCGCACAAACUAUUGGGUUUUCUUCAGGAUAGUAUCAGUACAAUAUUGGGACCAAAUUAUAACUCGUAUUUCGCAUUCAAACAUCUAUUAAAAUUAAGAUCUCGUUAUUACCACAAACACGGACUAAAAGACCAGUAAUUGGUUACUAUUUUAUUAAAAAAGUUUUAAUUAAUGUUAUAUUCAUUGUACUUAAUAUACAAUAAAAUGUCAUCACUUUUAUUAUAACUCUAU